AAAGGUGAAUAAGCAGAGCCUUUUAGACGAGUAAUUUUAAGCGAAAAUGGGGUUAAUUCAAAGGGAAAUAGACCGUAUUUAUGAUGGAUUUACAUAUUUCCAGGAAUAUCUUGGAUUUAAAAAAAAAACGGAGAAAAAACAUGAAGAAUUGAGGUUGAUUUUUAUAGGACCUCCUGGAUCAGGAAAAGGAACUCAAGCACCCAAAAUCAAGAAAGAAUUCUGUAUAUGUCACUUAGCGACAGGGGAUAUGCUUCGUUCUCAUGUAGCUCGAAAAACAAGCUUAGGACAAAAAGCAAAGGCAAUUAUGGACAAAGGAGAGCUUGUAAAUGAUGAAAUUAUGAUUAAAAUGAUUAAGAAUGAACUUUCAGAAAAUAAAGAAUGCAAAAAUGGAUUUAUACUUGAUGGGUUUCCACGUACCAUUUUACAAGCAAAAAAAUUAGAUAUAAUGUUAGAAGAGAAUGGGAAGCAAAUUAAUCAUGUUUUUGAAUUUCAAAUUCAUGAUGAAUUACUUAUUCAUAGAGUAACGGGUCGUUUAAUUCAUUUACCAAGCGGUCGAACUUAUCAUAAAGAUUUUUGUCCACCUAAACAACCUAUGAAAGAUGAUAUUACAGGAGAACCUUUAAUUCAACGUUCUGAUGAUAAUAUUGAAACAUUAAAAAGCAGAUUAAAGGCUUAUCGAGAGCAAACUUCUCCUGUUAUUAAUUAUUAUAAAUCACGAGGUAUUUGGGUAGGACUAGAUGCCACGCAAAAUCCUAAUAAAGUCUGGCAAUCCAUACAAUCCAUUUUCACAAAUCCAUAUCAAAAAGAGACUUUUCCUACAUCUUAAAUUUAUCGUUUCUUUUCAUCAAAAAAACAAGUUUUUUUG